AUGAGAUUCGAAUUACCUGUGCUGCGAAGAUGCUGCUUUUGUUUACCCCUCAGAAGAGGUUUGCUUGCUUGGGGUUAUUUCAAAUUGCUCGCAAUCGUAGUGGAAGUAUAUUUCACGAUAACGGUGCUGUACCUGCUAUUUGUAGGGCUGGCGAUGUUCAUUGGUUUUCAUUUAAUACUUAUCACUUUACCGCUUAUUUUACUGACGUUGUUAUGCGUCGACUUCAUUUUCACUGUGAUAUUUUUGAUCGCCGCUCAUAAGAAAAAGCAUACGUUGAUGGAAGUUUAUUAUUAUUACCUAAUUAUUCUAGUUUCAAUCAUCAUCGUCUUGUCGGUACUCAUGUCUUCAUUGCUAUUAAGCGCCCGUACCAACAAUGUCGAACUUCAAACAACAAGAAUAGCUGUUGUAAUUAGUAGCUUCUUGUAUAUUUUUACACAUUGCUACUUCUUGGUCCUAGUUAGAAGCGCAAUAAAGAAAAUAAAAGAUCAAAACGUCACUCUGAGAUUCGUCAAUAACACAGGAGAAAUUGAAGUAUGCUAG